AUUAAUCGUCUGACAGUGAUGACAGAUUGUAUCGAAACGAAACGAGUUAAAUAACUUCUUUGUUUUAAAUACUUGACACUAGUUUGGAGGUCGCGGCGAUAUCCGUCAGUAUGCUGUUAACAUCAAGUAUACUCCUCGUUCUGUUGAACAUCAUAUUCUGUUCAGCUGAAAUAUUAGAAAACAAACGCAAGGCAGAUGAGCUGGAUUUGAUCGUGUCCAUAGCUUUCCACGAGAAGAUCGUACGAGAGGCUCCUGCCUUGAAGGAACUGGUAGAGAAACAAGCCGUAGAAUGUGAAGCCAAACUGAACCUCACGUUUAAAGCAUGUGAAAGCUGCAGAGCCAGGUAUGAAAUUAUACCUCAACCAAACAAGGGCGGUCUUGACCAGCUGCUUUUACAGAUAUUACCGACAAGUUUGGGUGGAUUAGCACUAGGUGGUGUAACUGGAAAACCGUUAGGAACACUUGUUGAGAAAACCAUUCCAAGUGUAGUGAAAGAUGUCGGCAGUAACCUUGAAACAUUCUUCAAGGGCACGAUUCCAAGGGUGGGAAAGGAUAUUAAGAAGCAGUUAGGGAAAUUCUUCACCAAAACACUCCCUGGAACAGGGAAAACUGUUGUAAGUCAUCUUGAAACCUUCUUUAAGAAGACAAUACCGAAAACCGGAAAAAAUGUAGGAGGCCAUUUAGAUACAUUCUUCACAGAAUCUAUUCCGAAAGUGGGAAAGGAUGUUGGUGGCCAUCUGGAAACAUUUUUCAAGAAAACACUCCCAAGCACAGGAAAAGAUGUCGGAAACCAUCUUCAUACGUUCUUUAAGAAGUCGAUGCCAAAAGCCGGAAAGAAAGUUAAACAUUUCUUCACGAAUGCGAUCCCUGAAGCCGGAAAGGAAGUUAAACAUUUCUUUAAAAAUACUAUUCCAGGUCUGUUUAAUGGGAGACGCAGGCGACAAGCAUCUCAGUGUCCCGACUGUGAUAAGAUAAACACUGACACUAUGACGUCAAGUGAUGUGACGCGUACAGUAUGCGGACAAGCUUAUGUGAACAACGUCGCACAAUACAGGAAGAUGGCGAUCAUAAACCAAUUAAUCCACGUCGACAAAAAACCCGUGAUUACCAAGGUGACGUUCAUGAGGAAAGAUGCUGUCAAUAAACUGCUAGAAGGUGUAGCUUCAGCAUCACCCUUCGCUGUCACUUACACGGACGGAACAACCUCAGAAAUUCUCAAAUCUGACAGCACUCUCGAUCUUCUGAAUCCUAACCAGGCUUUGGGAGAAGAACUAGCUAAAGAAAUAUGGGACAUGAUAUAAACAUCAUUUACACUUGUUUAGACUAUAAGUAAUGCAGCAAUUACAUUUUACAUUGUAUUUCGCAAUACAAUUAUAUGUCAUGUAUGCAUGCAUUGUUACUGUUUGACCUCAUUUCCACUCGUAAGUGUGUUCAUAUUCCCCAUACAGUAGAAUUCUCUUUAAUGAUCAGAAUAUUAACUAUGUAAAUUUUCUAAAUUAGCAUAUUUUGCAUUUCUAAAUAUUAGUUCUUAAUAAAGUAAUGACUAACUGUUGUGUUUGUUGAAGCCAUAUGCGUUGCAGUAACAGCGGUUUAAGACAUUUUAAUGAAGACAUGUUCAUUAAAAAUUAACAAAAGUUUAAAAAUACAUAUAAAAGUCAAAACUAAAUACCACAAACCGCUUUUUGAAUUAAAGACGUAAUUUUACGCAACAGGCUAGGACAAAACUAUUUAUAAAACUUAUUGAGUGGGAAGCACAUAUGUAUAUGUUCUGUAUGUCGCACAAUUAUCUUUGAUCGGAAGCACGCAAAUAUUGUUAUUUCAUAUUCAUACAGUUUUAUUCUUUAAAUAAUUCAAUUUCAUGCUAAUUUCUACGAUAACCUUUUGCUAAAUUGACAUUAAUUUUCUUGUGCUUGAAUAUAAU